AACCCAGAGAACAAUUACUUAUUAGAGUGUGGGAGCGUUUGCCAACUACGUACUAGUUGUCUUUAUUUUUGUUGAUAUAUUCGUAAUUCUAAAAUGUUACAUCCGAAUAUUGGUCCCAUUUAUUAUAUUAAUUGAGAUGAUCGUACUUAUACCCUAUUUAAGCCCUUUGUAGCCUUCUCUUAUCCUUCUCACACCUAUCACUAUAAGGAAAAACCAACUUGGACACUAGAGUGAAGCCAUGCAAGACGAGAGAAACCACAACACAUCUCCUACGUCUUUCCCAUAUUCGAGCAAGCAGUUGGCGAGCUCAACUCAGGGAGGAAACUCCGACGUUCCCGUGGUUGAUCUAAGCGUUUCUGAUGAAGAGCUUUUGGUGCGUGAGGUGACGGAAGCGAGCCAAGAAUGGGGAGUUUUUCAGGUGGUUAACCACGGAAUUCCAACGGAGCUGAUGCAGCAGCUUCAAGUGGUUGGGAAGCAGUUUUUCGACCUCCCGGAGGCAGAAAAGAAAGCCGUGGCCAAAGAGGAAGACUUCGAAGGAUACAAGAGGAACUAUCUAGAAGGCAUUGACGCUUGGGACGAACAUCUGUUUCACAGACUCUCCCCACCCUCUAUCAUCAACUAUAAAUAUUGGCCUAAGAAUCCUCCCCAAUACAGGGAGGUGAAUGAGGAGUACACAAGGCAUAUGAAAAAGUUAGCUGAAAAAAUUCUUGGUUGGUUAUCAGAGGGAUUAGGGUUACCAACCGUGGCGUUGACGCAAAGUUUAGGUGGCGAAACGGCAGAGUAUUUGAUUAGGAUCAAUUACUAUCCGCCGUCUCCAAAAUCAGAACUAGCCUUAGGAGGCCCGGCGCACACCGAUAUAGGGGCACUCGCACUCCUCGUCCCCAAUGAGGUCCCUGGACUUCAAGUCUUCAAGGACGAACAAUGGUUGGACGUUGAGUAUAUCAACUCAGCUGUGGUUGUUUUCAUCGGCGAUCAACUCAUGAGGAUGACCAACGGGAGAUUCAAGAACGUGCUUCAUAGAGCAACGUUGAAUAAGGAAAGAUUGAGGAUUUCGUGGCCGGUUUUUGUUUCCCCUAGGCAUGAUAUGUUGGUUGGACCUUUGCCGGAGCUUAUAGGAGACGAGAAUCCUCCCAAAUUCGAGACUUUAGUUUUUAAAGACUAUUCGCAACAGACGAUAGAAAACUGGGAGGUCGACUUGCUAUAUAGUUUAUAGAGAAUCCUCUCUACUGAAAAUCCCAUGAACAAAGAAUCCUUCAAUACAAUUAUGAUGAACUGUCCAAGUCUUUCGUAUCUACUUUUUUUUUUUUUUGGAUAAGGCGAAGAUGAGAAUCUCGUGGCCUGUUUCUGUGGAAUCUAGCCUUGAGCUAAUUUCUGGCGACGAUAGUGCUCCCAAGUUUAAGCCUUACGUCUACAAACACUUCAAAUCUCGUAAGCUGAAGAAGCUUAGUCUUGACUUGACUGAGAAGAAAAUCUCAUAACAGAGAAACAGAGAUGAGUUUCUCAUCAUGUAAAACUUGUUUCUUUAUUGGGUUUAUUGCGUCUUCUUCAAUAAUAAGUGCUGAAGUGUUAUUUAAUUAUCAAAUUACAGCAUUGUGUGUCAUGUGUCGUGUCGUGUUCGUAAUUUAAUAUGAUUAAAUUUGGAUUGUAAUGUUUUAACCACAUUAUCUGUUAUCAAA